UAAGCAGAAUACGCACUGUGGAAUGACAGGCAUUUGUUCCUCCUUUGGAGGGAGCUGGCAUAGGAGCGUAUUUAUGAGAAUUACACCGUGCCCUGAACCAGGGAUACAGGACAUACCCGUGGCAGAGCUUCGACCCAUCAUCCUGGACAUUUUUAUGACUCGGGGGGUGGGGGGCAUUCGACUUGGGGGAUGAUCUCGGCAUGAUUGGAGGGACACGGUGAAGUUUCUCCACCCUGCAGAGUCUUGUCAACUUUCAGGGGCUGAUGUCUGUUCCGCGGAUCGGCUUGUCUUGCUCCCUUUCUCUCCGAGCCUACCUUGAAGUAUAGAAGAAUGGGACAGGCGCGCUACUCCAGACCGGUAUAUCCAGCUCCCUUGGCUGAAGAGAGGGAGCAGCCGACACAGGAUGCCGGGACGGUGGCUGAAGUUCUGGAAUCCGGCGACACGACCCCCCCUUCCAAGAGAAAGAGCAAAUUUGCCGGGUUUGGCAAGAUCUUUAAGCCUUGGAAGUGGCGGAAAAAGAAAACCAGUGGAAAAUUUAAGGAGACGUCAGAAGUUUUAGAACGAAAGAUUUCAAUGCGAAAGCCAAGAGAGGAGCUCAUUAAAAGAGGGGUUCUGUUGGAAGAUGUUGAACAGGAUGGAGAAGAGCCAGAGAAGUUAAUUCAUGCCACUUUGAAAAAUGGACACACCAUUCCCGUGGACUAUUCUGGAAUUGUCAGUCUUACACACUUGGAGGAAGAAAGCGGAAAGAGGUUGAGCCUUAAGAAGUCCAGUCCCCCUGAAGAGCCAAAGAAAUUGCAGGGAUCUUACAGCAACCACCCCAAUUCAGAAACGGAGCCCCAUCCUAUGCCCCCUGGUCCCAAGCAGCCUCUGCUUCCCCCGAAGCGACCCUUGUCGUCCUCUCCGCAGGAGACGAGUGAUCUGCCAGCAAGGGAGUUUGGCCUUGGCAACAGCAGCGCAAGGACAGUGUCUUCUUAUUCCACAGCUGCAUCUGCCACCAGCACAACGAAAGGGGGCGUUGCUCCUACCCCUGCACCCCGGACUCUUCUCCCUGCUCCCACAAGUGGCCACGCUUCGGCCACCCACACUAGCAACGCCACCCCGACCAAGCAGCCCCCUGUGCCACCGCCCAAGCCUGUUAAUAGAAAUAGCAACCCCUUAAUGGCUGAAUUAUCUCAGGUGAUUAACAGUGGCACCUCGUUGCUGAAGCCUUCACCGCCUCUGCCUCCCAAGAGGGGCCUUCCGAUGAAUGUAUCUUCCCUGCUAGAAUCGGCCGUUGCUCCCAAAUCCCCAACCGAGAGGGUCAUGUCCUCAUCCUAUCCGUCCUCGCUACCUCCACACAUGAUCUCAACUCUCCCUCCUGCUGCCCCUUCAUCUUCCUUGCCUUCUCACAUUCCAUCAGAACCCGCCAAUGCUCCGUUGCCCACCUCCCUCUACGGAGCAGAGGCUCCCUUUUCUACAGAACUACGGAUGGACAGCCAACAGGAAGGUCUCUCUGCGAUGGAUCCAGCCAAGAGAGUGGCCGAGCUGGGAUAUGGAGAACCUCAAGGGCUUCCUCGGUUGUCCCAGGUCCCGUUGCACAUCCGCAUCCAGCAGGCGUUGAGUAGCCCUUUGCCAGCGACCCCGCCUGCCGAAGGCUCACACAGGGCUCACUCGUUGCUCUUUGAGAACGACGGCUCCAGCGAGGAUAAUGGAAUAGUAGGCAGGACAAGGUCUCUACCUGUGACUAUCGAGCUGCUGAAAGUUCCAGACGAUGAAGAAGAGGAGGAGGAGGAAGAUGGCUCAGGAGAUGCAUGCGCUUCCAAUCACCAUGUGUACAUUGGAGAAGACCCAAUGGUUGCAGUUAUUCCCAGGCUGAUCCUGCAGACGGUGCAGGAUGAAGACGAGGGACCAAGUGAUUCGGAUUCAGAGGGACCCAUUUUGUACAGGGAGGAAGAAGAGGAGGAGGAGGAGGAAGAUGAAGACGAAAGCCACAACACUUUAAGUAGUCGUUGGCAGGCUGCCAUCCGGAAGGAGCUGAACGAAUUCAAGAGCUCGGAGAUGGAAGUGCACGAAGAGAGCAAGCAGUUCACUCGAUAUCAUCGGCCUUAAGGUUUUCUUUUUUUAAAAAAAAGAAAAACAGCAAGAAGUGCAAGCCGUCACCGGAAGGGAAACGAACUAGCCGUGUCUGUCAUUUCCUGUCUCACAAGUUGAAGAGGAAUCUUGAGGCUUGUUUGAGAUUAGCCUUCAUUCACAUAUCCAGAAGAAAAGUUUCUCUUCGCCAGGAAACGGGCCAGGGACAGGAAACGCCCUCGACCCCAAAGGGAAGCAUUUCAUUGAAAGGAAAUUUGUCACAAGUGCCACAAGAUCACACGGCGGGGCAAGUCACAACCGAAAGCAUUAUACCUCAGAUAUACGGCAAUACAAACAGAGGAUGCCCCUUGGCUCCUUAUCUUCUGGCUAAUUCUGAACCCUUUCAUUUCCCGUUCUCAGCGAAAAGUGAGACUUAUCAGAGCAGACUUUGGAGCUAUGGAAUGAGAAGUAUGCACGUACCUACAUGAUGCUGUACCCAGAAGAAACUUUAACUGACACAUUACUGGAGAUUUGGGGAAGGUGCUUAUGGGCUUUUUUCUUUUUUUUUUUGGAGUUACUAAUUUGCAGAAUCACUACUGACCAAUCAUAUGUUGUCUAGCGGAAGAAUUGUUGAGCUCUAACGUGGCACAUGCUGCAUCUUGGGGGUGGGGGGGCAGGAGGGGGGAAACGUAACAUUUUUUUAAAAAAAUGGACAACAAGAAGCUCCUUUCGACACUCAAAGAGCAAAUUUUCUGUGGAGAAGGGAUGCACCUUUAAGGCCUGUUUAACAGGACACUGCAAAGCCUGAAAUGAGUUGCCUUGAAGAAGCUGAUGACGUGGAAUAUACUGUAUUUUUUUUAAAAAAAUCUUGACUUUUUUUUUUAAAAGCAACUUCCUGAAACUAAUGUGGAGCUUGCCUUUUUUCUUAGAUUUGUAGCAAAAACGUACUGAAACGUAAAUGAUUCGCAAAGGGCUUAAACCCAGCUUUUUAAGAAAAGGAAAGAUUGGCAUGGCAUUGAAUAGAUUUGACGGAAUGGUUCUCUGAACCGUGUAUCACUGGCCACAUCCGAGAUGCCUGUCCUAUGACGUUGGAGUGAGGAGAUGGCGGGGGGUGGGGGAUGAUACAAAAACGGGAAUUUGGACAUGUGUUGGUUCUGUAGUUGAGCAUCGGUUUGGCGGCACAUCUCUUCACACAUCUGUAUAAGGUCACACCCGUAGAAGCUUGUAGAUGCAUGUAGGCUGGAGGCUGAUAUGGCUGUGCUUCCUCAAAUCCAGGAGACCUCUCUUCUUUUUUUUGCUGCUACUUUUGCAACUACACACCUUUUGGGCAGGAGGAUGACCCAGACACAAGAGGACAGGAUUCAGAUCUCUUAAAAACAUGGUGCAGAACAAGGAAUAUAUGUGCAGUCAAUCUUCUUGGAAAAAAAACUCCCUUCUGACUGAUUUCAGUAGCGAUUAAAGGGCAGCGGACAGCUUAGGCUGCAUCCAGCUUCUUCUUAUCUUUUCACACAGAUGAGAUAAAAGCUUAUGCAUAUUGGAGGUCUUUCUAUUCAAGAAAUGGUCCUCCUACUGCUCCAAACUUGGCAACUUUAAGACUUGUGGACUUCAACUCCCAGAAGAAUUUUGGGAGUUGAAGUCCACAAGUCUUAAAGUUGCCAAGUUUGAAGACCUCUGUCCUAAUGAGUGAAUCUGGGGGAAUGCAAGGCAUGGGCAAACCUGCCUUCACUUCCCCUCUCCCCCUUACUCUCAUUCCAGCCUAUGCCAGUUGCCUUUCUGGUGUUCCUGUGAGGGGAGAAGAAUGUGGUCUUGUCUUUGUAAGGAGCCAUUUUGCAAGGAGAAAAGCUUUUGGUGUGGAUUAUGGGAUAAGUGCCAGUGUACUCUUUUCAUCCGAGCAAUUCCCCCCCCCCCAUGAUGUAUAAAAUCUCUACUAAGGAAAUCAUUGUGUUGUCUUCCUAUCAACAAGAUUGUAUGAAAUAAAUUUUUUAGGAAAAAAAA